AUGUCUCAACAAGAUGAAGAACAAAGCUUCUUCGAAAGGGAGCGCGAUAGGUUAUCGCGAGAGAUCACAAGCGGCUUCGAAGAGUUGCUUUCUUCCACAAAUGCAUUGAAUCGCAAGCUGGAGGAAGUUCUAGGAAUGACCAAAGAAUACGAUACAAUCGCUGCACUUUGGCAUAGUUUCUACCAACUCAUGCGCAACUCUGGACAGGAUGAAGAAGUGGAAGAAGAACUGCCUGGACUUCCCGGUACUGGCAGUCAUGUUGUAGCAGUCAAACAGAGCACUAGCAAGAAUGAUUAG